GGCGCACUCGCUCCUUGGCUGCAUCAGAUCACAGCGAGGGUUUCGUCUCCGGUCUCCACUUCCAAUUACGCUCUCGACUUCGCCGAUCGCAUACCACAUCGAGGCUUCUUGAUCGGGCCGGUCAAUGGAGACCCUCCCGUCGGCGGCUGAGCGACAGCAGCUCGUCUCCUCCUUCCUCGAGAUCGCCGUCGGCCAGACCGCCGAUACCGCUACGCAAUUUCUUGAGGCUACAGGUUGGAAGCUUGACGACGCUGUACAACUCUUCUAUGUCGGCAAUGAAGGUGGUGGGGUGGAGUCAUCUUUCCCACCUCGACAGAAUAAUGGAACUACGAGUGAGCAGCAAAACGUUCUUGCUAGUGCUAGUUCAGUGAAAGGUGCUCUUGAAGAUGAAGUGCGGGCACCAUUACCUGUCAAAAGAGAUACCCUUUAUGGAGAUCCUGCUUUUUUCAGGUUGCAACCAAGUUCAGUUGUUGCCUUCCGCAAUUUUGAUGAGGAAUCAAAACGUUCUGCUGUUUGGGAAUCAAGCGAAAGCAGUGCAUCAACAGAAACUGGCACCCGUGACAAUCUUGCUUCAUUAUAUAGUCCACCUUUUGCCUUGAUGUUCCAGGGCCCCUUUGACCAGGCAAAGGUUGAGGCAUCCCUUCAUCGCAAGUGGCUGCUAGUCAAUUUGCAGUCUAAUGAAGAAUUUAGCUCACACAUGCUCAAUCGUGAUACAUGGGCAAAUGAAGCCGUUGCAGAAACUAUUCGUUCUAAUUUCAUUUUCUGGCAGGUAUACCAUGAUACUAGUGAGGGGAAGAAGGUUUGCACUUACUACAGUUUGUUCACUCUUCCUGCUGUACUAAUCAUUGAUCCCAUCACUGGACAAAAGAUGCGUGCAUGGACUGGUAUGGUUCAUCCAGAGAGGUUGCUGGAGGAUUUACUUCCGUUCCUCGACAAAGGUCCAAAUGAACAACAUGCUUUUCUUCCUCAAAAACGGCCAAGAGUCGCACAUGAUUCUGCUAUUGCUGAUAUAGCAGACAAAGAGUCUGUGGAGGAUGAUGUCGAGGUGAUGCAAGCCAUAGCAGCCUCCUUGGAGGACACUAAAGGUCCUACGCAUCCUGCGACAUGUGAGGGAUCUGGAUCCGAGAUACCUCUUGAAACCAGUUCAAAUGAAAAGGUAACUUAUCUUCCUCUUCCCGAAGAACCACAAGGCAGCAAAGGACUAUGUAGGGUUGGGAUUCGCCUCCCUGAUGGGCGCAGAAUCCAGAGAAAGUUUCUCCUUACUGAUUCAAUAAAGUUGUUAUGGUCUUUCUGCUCUUUAAAAUUGGAGGAUGAACAACAACGGCCCUUCCAUUUCACUCAAGCCAUCCCCGGUGCAUCAAAAAGUCUUGAAUAUGAGAGCGACUUGACUUUUGAAGCCGCCAGUUUGUCAAACUCGAUGAUCAGCUUGGUUUGGGACUGAAAUUUCAGGAAGACCCCAAGUCCAGUUGUUUUGUUGGCUGGGGCACCGUAUUUGGGCAACUAUUUUGUAGCCUAAGGUGAUGUCUGCACAGGCAAAGUUAUGCAUUACUAAUUUAUCAGUUAGUAUGACAAUUCUAUAUUGGCGUCUAGUUCAUGUGGAUGCUGUACAGUCGUGUAACCUUAAAACCACUGAUAUCUCCUAGUAACGACAUUGUUAUUGAUUCUGGUAACAUUUCCUGUUGCCCCUUCUAGAUUUCCA